AUGAAAGCAGGCUGGAUCUUACAGCUGCUUUUCUAUAUUGUCUUGUCGCCCGCGAGCUCCAGUGAAUUACUCACGGAUGAAGGUGAUCUUCCGAUUCUUCCUUCAAUGCAACUGGACGUCGACGCGAUCUCUCUCCUGGGCCCUCGAGCACGAAAUCAAGACACAAUCUUCAAAGAAGCAAUCCAGCUUCUGGAAUCCCUCAAAUCAUCACCAUCGUGCAACCAGGCGGCGGUAAGGAAGCUGAUAGUGUCGUGUCAGACACUCAGCGGCGACACACAUCGUACGCCGACGGACAGCCCUGAGACUGUUGACCUCGUGCGGUCAGUCUACGCAGCUCGACUAGCAUUAUGUGAGAUCGAGAGUGCCGGUACCACAAUCCCACCGUCAUGUCUUCCUAUUGUUACAUCUUCUACUCCCCAGAAAGGUCGGUUCGGAUUCGUGUCUCGGCACAAGUCUCGUGAUAAUCCCUCAGAUGACAUGCCAAAGGAGGUGCUGGAGCAAUGUCUCCGGGCACUCGAGUCACGACCUCAAUGGUGGACUUCAUACAGCAACAGUCGGCAGAAUGCCUUCAUCAUAUGCCAAGCCUCACGAAUCGAGAUAGAGAAGGAGGAGCUCCUUGAGCUGCAUCGAUCCAUUGCGAAAAGUAGUCUAAAACUCAACAACGGUAUCCGCAACGCUUUGCGAGAUGCAGCGGCGCAGUCUGAACAACAGCAACUGUUUAUGCAUGCUGUUGAGGCACUGCAAGAGAAAACUGUGACGGGCAUGGAACAGGCAGAUUCAUUGUUUCAACGGACUUUCGGUAACUUCCUUCGAGAGAUUGAGCUAGGGGUCGGAGUUCUCGAAGCCAGUAUAUCUUCGGCUUUUCUCAGUUUACGAAAGGAGACGGGGAGUCUUGAAGAGAACAUUCACAAUGUCUCAAGCCAAGUGGGCGCCCUUCAACAAGCGCUUCAAGAAGUUCACGAAGAUGCUCUUACUAGAAGCCAAGAGGUGGCACUAGUACAAGAGAGCAACACGGCGGCUCAUGCCAAUCUUGCAGCCUCUCUACAUUUUUCACUCGAGGCACUCUUGGAUUCCGACAUGGUGAAGGUAUACAGAGGAAUGCAAAAGUUUGAUGCUGCUAUGGAAUGGCUGACAAGCCGGAUGAAUAUGAUUCUCGAACAAGAGCUUCGAAUGAACGAGCGACUUCAAAAUAUGGAGACGUCCAUGUAUCAAUCUGAGUUGAAAGCGACUGAACUCAAAACUGCCCAAGAACAACAAACCGAAGCACUAGCUGCGCAAUCCCGCGCUCAAGAGACGAUCCAAUUCCACGCACAGGUCUCACAGGCUCUUAUCAAAAAUACCAACAUCGCAGCUGCCAACCUGCAAAGCAUUAUUGACGACGCAACUAGAAAAUAUAAAAACAGUCCCAUAUUCCACGUUGGGGGUUAUUCCGCGUGGUCUCUUUGCGGUGUUCUUCUUUUGGUCAUCGCGGCCCAAAACCUCAAGAUUGCAAUAUUCCUUCUAGCUUUGAUUCUCGCGCACUCCAUGACUUUGACAAUUUCUUCUUUCUAG